AACACAGCCCACUGUUUAGAGAAAUGAGAUACUGGUCUCCAUCUGUUUUCUGUUUAGAAAUCUGCAUUUCUUGUAUCGCUUUAUGGAUGCGAAAAGCAAGAUCUCUUUUUAUGAUUUUAAUUUAUAAAAAUAACUAGGAAACUGUAUGUGUGGGAGAGCAUCCUGGAAGCAGAGAUGGUUGCGGGUAUGCUGAGGAUGGGAUGCAGAGAUGUGAAGUGAUCCCCCUGCCCCCCGGUGCUACAAAACAAAAUGAUUUUUCUGGUAACCUUCUGCCUCCUCUCCGUGAGCCGAGCGGACAACUUUGAGGCGGCGUACAGUGACCUGGAACACUACAGGACUAUAUACACCACAGAAAAUGGCCCCCGACUAUCAGUUGACACAACACAAUCCACAGUGAUCUCUCAACGUGGAGGCAACGCCACACUGCCAUGCAAAUUCAACCGGGAUCCCUCAUCCCCCCCGAACCCUAAACUAAGGAUAAAAUGGACCAAACUUACUUCAGACUACCUGAAGGAAAUCGACGUGUUCGUAGCUAUGGGCUACCACAAAAAGAGCUACGGUCGCUUCCACGGCCGCGUACAUCUCAACGCUGCCAGUGAGAAUGACGCUUCGCUCGUCAUCAAUGACAUCACACUGGAGGACUAUGGGAAGUACAAGUGUGAGGUCAUUGAUGGCUUGGAAGACGAUACGGUGGUCGUGACUCUUGACCUUCAAGGCAUAUUGUUCCCAUAUUUUCCAAGACUGGGCCGAUACAACCUGAACUACCAUGAUGCCGAGAAAGCUUGCACAGGGCAAGACGCCAUCCUGGCGUCUCCCGAGCAGCUGUACGACGCCUGGAGAGAUGGGUUGGAUUGGUGCAAUGCAGGAUGGCUUAGUGACGGAUCAGUGCAGUACCCAAUCACCAAACCCAGAGAACCAUGUGGAGGCAGUAACACCGUUCCUGGCGUGAGGACUUAUGGGACGCGUAACAAGCAAAAAGAUGUAUAUGACGCCUUUUGUUUCACUUCACACUUCAAAGGCCGUUUCUACUACUUGAUACAGCCUUUCAAACUUACAUACGACGAGGCGGUUCAGGCGUGUCAGAAGGAUGGCGCUCAGAUCGCUAAAGUCGGCCAGAUGUACGCCGCAUGGAAGCUGCAGGGCUACGACCGCUGCGAUGCUGGCUGGCUGGCGGACGGUAGCGUGCGCUACCCAAUUACACGUCCACGCCGACGUUGCAGCCCAACGGAGGCUGCUGUGCGUUUCUCUGGGUUCCCUGAUAAGAAGCAGAAACUUUACGGCGUGUACUGCUACAAGGAAGAGCCAACCGUAUAACUCGCGAACUAAGUGUGAUGGUGUAAGAAGUUAGUUUGAGCGCAUUAAACUGUGACAAAAUCUCUAGAUACUGUACUACAGAAGGAUUUGAAUAUAACGUAAGUGAUGGUGUUUGUUGGAAGUGAAAGGUUCUGUAGGAUCAGGGACCUCAGGUGUCCUCUCAAAAGUCAAGACUUCACCACAGGACGCCAAACAGAUCAAGAAAAUUAUUAAUAGGAUGUUGCAAAAAUAUACCAGGGGGGCUGGAUUCACAAAACAUUAAGAAUUGUUAACUACACAAAAAAUCCCCAACAAAAAUCUUUAAGUUCUUAUUUUAAAAAAAAGUUAGAAAUAUUAACAAAAUUAAUUUUUUUCUUACAUUUUCUUUAAAUUUAAAUAAAAUCUAUCAUAAAAAGUUUAAUAAGUUUAUUGUGUUGUUUCAAUUAUCAUACAAAUGUGACGCAUAUAAAAAUUGAGAAAUUUAAUUUUAACUUUUUUUUACUAUGUUUACUCAUAAUAAGAAUUGGAGAGGGUCGCAAAUAUUAGGUAUGGCGAUUUAAGUACUAGCCAUGUAGUAAUACCAUAACAUUUUAUUUUUUUCCUCCUUGUAAAAUUAAAUUGUUUAACUGCCAUAUCAUGUUUAUAUAUUCAAAAAAUGAUUACAUGGUGCUAGAUACUCAAAAAAAAAAAAAAAACGUAUAUACGCUUAAGUCUAUCACCAAAGUCUAUCAUCUUUCUCUUAAAUGUGCAUUGUGUAACUUUUAGAAGGAUCUUUUGACAGAAAUGCAAUAUAAUAUACAUAACUAUAUUAUCAGUGGUGUAUAAAGACCUUACAAAAUAAACUGUAUUGUUUUUAUUACCUUAGAAUGAACCGUUUUUAUCGAAAUACACCGCGGGUCACCUUACAUGAAAGUCGCCAUUUCCCGCCACUAACCGUAGCCCUAUUGGACAAACGUUUAUAGAGCGCGUUUUGUCACUACGUCUCAGAAAAUAACAUGUUUUUCUUGUUGUGGCUAGCGUAGCUUCACAAUGCGUUUUGAAAGGGAGGGGGUGAGCUGUGGACUGAGCUGUUUGUUGCAAUUCACAUUCUCACCACUAGAUGCCGCUAAAAAUUUACACACUGGACCUUUAGGAAAAAAUUCGUAAAAAAUAUUUAGAUAUUUUCAAGAACUGCACUUAGAAACAUUCUUUUGAACUUCUUAUCAUUUAUCUUAAGAGCGUUCUCAUUUUUUCCCCUUUAAGAAUUUUUGUGAAUCCGCCCCCUAGUCCGAACGUUGAUUUACAGCAAUGCUAAAAAGAGGAGAUAUCUGGUUAGAUAUUGCAUUAGAGAUCCACUGUGUGCUGUUUCAUUUAGCAUGCAGUAGCUGAGGGAUGUCCUAAAAACUAAAUGACAGUAAAGCUUUAACACAUUAGACUGCUACCUAUCUGUUAGGAACAUCAUAUCCCAUUUAAACAGCAUGAUGAAAAAAUAUUUUUUUGAACAAAAUUCAAUGGAAGUGAUAAAUGCCACAAUUUUUCUUUGCCAUCCUUACAGGGUGCUUUAAUUAUUAUAUUAAACAUGUACCUUUUAAAAUUUAGUUUGAAAAGAUUUUAUGUGGACCAAGCCAUGUUGAGUCUUAUAUAAAUCAUAUCGUUAGGAAGGAAAAACAUAACUUUUGUAUUUUAAUAGUUUAA